UAGAUAAAUGAGAAGGGCCAGUAAAGCGGAGGAGCAGAAGCUCCGCUCUGGUCAGCAGGUCCACGCCGCCGCAGGAGCCGAACAGGAGCGGAACAGGAGCCGAACAAGAGCGGAACAGGAGCUGCUCUCAUCGAGGGUGAACAAUGUCUUCAAGCAAGUUUCAAGCGACUUCUCCGGCUCCUAUCGUCCAUUUUCCUACAGACUUUACGUUUACCUCCACAGACACGUCAGAUGAUUCUCUAUCAAUUAAUGUGUCCGAUUUCUUGCAAAGACAGAUCCCACUUGAGUAUUUCAACUUAGCCUCCACGAGUAGCUCCUCUGUUCUUUUCCCAGACACCUUACCAUCUUACAGACCGUUACAGAGGGAGAAGAUUCACUUCUGCCUGGAGUGCGGGAAGAGCUUUGGAGAUACCAGCAACCUCAAAACCCACCUGCGCAUUCACACAGGAGAGAAGCCGUACCAGUGCUCAGAGUGCGGGAAGAGCUUUAACCAGAAGAACCAUCUGCUCAGACAUCAGCUCGUCCACACGGGAGUGAAACUGUAUUACUGCUUCGAGUGUGGGAAGAGCUUCACUCGGCAGACCACUCUGGAGCAGCACCAGCACAUUCACACCGGGGAGAAGCCGUUUCAGUGCUUAGACUGCGGGAAAUGUUUUAAUCAGCAGAGCAAUCUGAGACUGCACCGGCGCAUUCACACCGGAGAGAAGCCGUACGAUUGUCCGCACUGUGGGAAGAGCUUCGCUCUGAGGAGCGCUCUGAAAAAACACCUGCCCAUCCACACCGGAGAGAAGCCCUAUCACUGUACGGAGUGUGGAAGGAGCUUCACUCUGAAGAGUCACCUCACCACUCAUCAGCGCCUUCACACCGGAGAGAAACCGUACUUCUGCGGAGACUGUGGGAGGAGCUUCAGGCAUUCGGGUACUUUAAAGGACCACAAGUGCAUUAGAAGGGAGCAGGAGGACGAGGAGGAGGUUCUCGACCUGUCACUGCCAAAAAAACAGGAUUUUCAGGAAAAUCAGGAUAGCUUAAUAGUAGUCGUUCCUUGCCAAAUCAAUUACCUCCACAAACACAUUAGGAGAAACAUGACCUCCAAAAGUAGCUCCAGUGCUGAGUCCUCUGAUAUUCUCUACGCGAACAUAUUUUACAGACAAACGCAGAAGAAUACAAGCAAGGAGAAAACCCACCACUGCAUGGACUGUGGAAAGAGUUUUAGAGACAGAUGCGGCCUCCAAACCCAUCAACGUGUCCACACAGGAGAGAAACCUUUCCAGUGCCCGGACUGCGGGAGGAGUUUUAAUGUGCAGAGCAGUCUCCAGGUACAUCGGCGCAUCCACACAGGAGAGAGACCCUAUCAGUGCCUAGAGUGUGGGAAGAGCUUUCAUGUCCACAGUCAUCUCCAGAGACAUCAGCACAUUCACACAGGAGUCAAACUGUAUCACUGCUCAGAGUGUGAUAAGAGUUUUACUCGACAGAGUACCCUGGAUCUGCACCAGCGCAUUCACACCGGAGAGAAGCCGUAUCUCUGCUCAGAGUGCGGGAAGAGCUUUACUGCCCAGUCUCAUCUCCACAGACACCAGCUUAUUCACACGGGAGAGAAACCGUAUCACUGCUCGGUAUGUGGAAAGAGUUUUAAUCAACUAAGCCAUCUCCAGCAGCACCAGCGCAUCCACACGGGAGAGAAGCCGUAUCUCUGUCCAGAAUGUGGAAAGAGUUUUACUCUGAAGAGUCAUUUUGAAACUCAUCAGCGCCUUCACACCGGAGAGAGGCCGUAUUACUGCUCACAGUGCGGCAAGAGCUUCAAUCAACACAGUCACCUGCGACUGCACCGGCGCACUCACACGGGAGAGAAACCGUACGACUGUCCGGACUGCGGAAAGGGCUUUAAUCAGAGAAGUCAUCUCCAGCAGCAUCAGCUUAUUCACACCGGAGAGAAACCGUAUCACUGCUCAGUGUGUGGAAAGAGCUUCAGGCAUCCCAAUUCUUUUAAAGCACACAAGUGCAUUAAGAAGGAGGAGGAAACUGACAACCUGUAACUUCGUCAGAAAUCAAGACUUCUAGGUUCACAUUAGAGGGGAAUCCUCAGAGCCUUCUAAGCCUUCAGAGAAGGCCUAAUUAUUUCUGGGAACUAAAAAAAAAAACAUGCCUGCAAUUAUUUUAUGAUAGACUCAUCAUGAUUGUUGUAAUUGAAUACUGAAAGUAUUGUAGUAAUACUUCUGUUUUAUUGGCUUUGUCUGAAAUAGCAUACUGUGUACCGCAGUGGUCACCAACCCUGGUCGUGCAGAUCGACCUUCCUGCGAAGUGUAAUUACAGCUACAAUAUGCCACACCUGCUCCACCUCAUUAGCAUCUGUAAUCGCCUUUGAUGAGCUGGAUUAGCUUUAGAGAAAGAGGAAGACAGUAUGCUAGAUGAUAGAAGUUCCAGAUACUUCCCUGACUGUGAACAUGAGCGAUUUGCCAGGUUUGCCAGGACUUAUCACUAAAUCAGCCACUGUAAGCUCGAAUAUGUGUUCAUGUCUUUUGUGCACCUGCAUUAGCCAAGUUUAACACUAACAUACUAAUUAGAAAUCCUGUGGGGACACCAGCAGAAAUUAGCAUCAUUGUAGAAGUGUAUGUAUAUAUUUACAGCCCAGACUGAAGACCAAGCUCUAAUAGUCAAGGUUCACCCAUGGUUAACAUAUGUCGUUCCUUGCCAACUUAUCUAGGGCUUGGAAUAUAAUAUAUUUCAAUAAUAAUAACAAUAAUAAUAAUAAGUCUUUAUAUAAAUAUAUUCUGUGCCUAAGAAACUUUUCAGCUUUGUCAUAGAAUCGUAAUGGUUUUAGAAACAGACCUUUUCCUGACAAAGUGUAAAUACUUCUUCAAAGAAAUCCACAAUUUCAUUAUAUAUUUCAUUAUCAAUAAAAUAUAAAAUACAAAGUAUCUGACUAAACAGGUUUUCACCCACAUCCAGUCAUUAUUUAGUAGAUGCACCUUUAGCAGCAUUCACAGCCUUGAGUAUGUGGAAACAGAGACUCCCUGUCAGAUUUACACCCUGCAGUUUCCCCUCACUCCUCUGCUCAAAUCGAGCCUGAGCAGCCUUUUUAAAGUCAUGCCACAUUCUCCCUAUUGGGUUGAGAUCUAGACACUGACUCGGUCACUCCAGGACAUUCAUAUUGUUUGUGAGCCAUUUCUGUGUAGGUUUGACUGCCUGCUUGGGGUCAUCGUCGUGUAGGAAGACAAAUCCUCUCCUAAGGCCCAAGUUUCUUGGUUUUGCUCCAGGUUCUCACUGUAUUUUGCUGCAUUCUUUCUACGCUCACAAGCCUUCCAGGGCCUGCUGCAGAGAACCAUUCCCACAGAAUGAUGCUGCCUCCACCCUGCUUCCCAUUAGGGGUGGAGUGUAUGAAAGAUCGAUUUUGGUGCCUUCAGACCAUCAAACCUUCUUCCACCCAAGUUCAGAGUCUUCCACAUGCCCACUGGGAAACUGUAGCUGAGAGGUGAUGAGUUUUAUUUAACAGUGUUUAUUCACCGUGACUAGUGAAGCACCAACGCAUCAGUAGUUGCCUCUCUAAUCUCAGCCACUAAGGUUCGGCCUUUAUUUGAGAGGUUAUAUGGCCACACUUACUAGUCUCUUGUAUCCCCUGGUUUAUGCUCUUCUUGCCACAGAUGUGUGUGGAGUGCUCAUGAGGACAUGGUGUAGGAUAUGCCAUGAUACUGCCUCACUGGGAGCUGGACCAUCUAAAUGCAGGUGUGUUUAUAUUGCAAUUGCUUGCAACCCCAUGAUUGCACACAGGCGAGCUCAGCUGCACCUGUGAUGAUUUAAGAGUCGUGUUGAGGGGGUGAAGUCUUAAGCAGUCAGGUACGAUGUGUUUUACUUUCACUUUGCAGAGAUCUUUUUUUUUACUUUGACAUGUUCCUAUUUAUUCAUGUAAAAGUGUUUCUAGGAAUAAAACAUGGAACAGCACAAAAUCACAGUGCUUUACACGGGAAUAUCAGUUAAACGUUGGACAAAUAAAAACGCUACACCCUAAAUGAAAAUAACUCCACAGUGGAGAAAAUGAGUGUUUAGUUCUAGCCUAAACAGUUUUUUAAUCUAGAUUCAGGAAUGAUGUUCCAGAGGUUAGGAGCUGCAUAAGAAACCAGUCUUCCACCAACUGAGCUGUAAGAGAUGCUAGACGUUCGCAGUGAAGCUGCCUCAGCUGUGUGAAGGGAUCUGGAUGGUCAAGCUCAAACAUUCAUAUGACCGGACUUGGUGAGCUCACGGGCCGCUGUGAACUAGUCUGAGCUGAUUUAGAGAGACAGCAGAGCAGCCAGUAACACGUCCAGUGGAUUAAUCCAGUAGAUACGCAAGCAUGAGCUCAUUCCUCACCACGUGUGUCUAUUUGGAAAGUUUCUUGAGUAAUAAAACUGACUCUAAAACCUGAUAUGGGCGUCCAGUAUUUUCCAAAAAGCUUCUGAGCUAAAAUUCUUUUUCUUGACCUCAUACCUUCUUAAAAUGGACUAGUCCUGUUGUCUCAGAACAUCUUGAACAGUUAAGUCUCAUUAAGGUGCUGUGUCUCCUUCAUGGUUUAUCAUCUUAAAUCUGCCUUUUUCUCAAGAUUCUUCUCUUAUUUUUCUCCUUUUUUCAGUUUUUGUCUGUGUGUUGAUCAGAAAACCUGCUGGACACACUCCUUCAAUAAAUCUGACAAGGACAGUAGUGGACUGUUUGUCUCUGAGAAGUUCUGAGAGUAAUUGAACUCAUUCUGUAUAUUGCUGUGUUUAUUCAGAAUAUUUGUAAGUGAUGUAAUUGAUUCACACAUUGUAGCGUUACUGAUAUCUAAGGUUUUAAAACUUAGUCAGCUUCAAGACCUGUUUUUAAGAUGGGCUUCAAACGACAAGCGGAAGUAAGUUGUGAAUUACAUGCUGUGUCAUGUCAUUUUUAUGAACAUUGUAUUUUUACUCUUAAGUAGUUUGGUUAAUUAAUUACUUUUAAAGCUGUGUAGUCAAUAACUGAUAAACUGUCAAUAAACUGGAUUUCCUUCUGUCAACGUA